AUGGGCGGAUAUAUUAGCAGAUUGUUGGGACGAUUGUGGGGUGAAAAGGAGGUACGAAUACUCAUUUUAGGCUUGGACGGAGCUGUAGAUUCUAUAGAUCGUGAUCGUAUGAGUACCUCAAGAGAGGAGCUUCACGCCAUGCUUGAUGAAGAGGAAUUACGAGAAGCUGCGCUAUUAGUCUUUGCUAAUAAACAAGAUAUGGUUGGUGCAUUGACCUCAGCUGAAGUAUCUGAUGCCUUAGGGUUGAGUACGUUGAAAAAUCGGCAGUGGAGUAUCUAUAAAACAAGUGCUGUAAAAGGUGAUGGCCUAAAUGAGGGCCUAGAUUGGUAA